AUGCAAGUUCAAUGGCCACCUACUGAACAGGAAGAGCGGGAAGUUCAUCAAGUAGAAAUUCUUCAAACUCAUUUGCCCACAAAACCGCAUCAGAGAGAAUGGCCACCAGCUCAUUAUGUUGCUGCCCAGGCUGGAGGGGUUGAAGCACAAUAA